AUGCAGUACUUCACCCUAAAUCUAGUCCUAUUCGCGUGCGUUUGUACAGCCCAUAGCGUCUCAAACUCUUCGAGCGCCAACUCAAGUAAUGCAUCGAAGUUGAAUGCCAACAAUACUGAAAUCUACAAUGUUUGCCCCGCCGCGAUUGAUUUCACCAAGGAGCAGGACCAGCUCUCCGAAGAGGAACUAAAGGGAAAUGCUGCUGAUGCAGCAAUGUCAGCUUUCCUAUUGAGCCACCCCAACAACACACUAUGGGACUACUUCAAGAUUGAGCAACGGCAGAAAUGGUUAAUGUUUGAGAACCUGUCGCCGUCGGGUAAAAUCAAGAGUUUGGCGAGGAACUUUGUCAACUUCGCGGCUGAUACCGCCAUCAAUAUCGCGCAGAUGAUUGCUGAUGCGAUCGAAUGGAUCAUUAACACCAUCCGCCAUCCGGUUGUCGGAACCCGACAGGUUAUAGACUUCUUCAAAGAUUUUGGCAAAAACGUCAAGUUACUGUGGGGUUUAAUGAAAGACGACCCUAAGGAAACGUCUAAGAACAUGGGCGGAGGUUUGCUACUUCAUAUCAUGCAUCAUCCAACAGAAUUUACUGCUGACACUUUGCUGACGGUGACCACCGGAUUUGCAGUGAUCCAUGGUCUCAUGCAUGGUGUAGAAGCUAUCUUUGGAGCGAUGAGCAAUGCUGUUUCGAAUGUGCUCCUGUCCGUACUGCUUUUUAUCCACGCCAUCGAUGACCCGAUCCUCAUCGUCACGCCUCUCAUCCGUUCGAUGGUGGAGACGACAAAAACAGUCUUUACAGAUGGUAACUCUACUACUCCCGACGUCCUCACACUCAGCCCGUAUGCAAUCAAGCCUUUGAAGUCGUGCAAAAUUCCCGAAAAGUAUCGACCAGAAUUCUCAUCCCGUGACUUGUGUCUGAGUACUCCAGCCGAAAUUCGCAAUCUCCUGUUUGGAACAGCUAAGCGAACUGCCAAAAUGACAAGAGCAGAGCGCAUAACCGCAUACAACCGCUUUCAUGACUUUGUGUGCUGCUACCUCAAAGACCAGGGGUUUGUGGUAAACGCUCCUAGUAUGAACUCGACAGCUUUUCGGGCUGAACUCGUCCCUGUUCACAUAAAGAUGACCAACUGCUCGCAGCUUCUUGCCACCUACAAUGCCGACACAUUUGACAAUUUCUAA